AUGUCGAAACAAUACCUCACACUUCACACACUGUCUGGCGCACAUCCUUCAGAUAUCUUCGCUCUCGCACCUACCCCGAAAUCAAUCCUCUCAGCAAGCGGCUCGUCAACGAUACACGUCCAUGACACCACACAAGCCGACUUCCCGCUUCUUCAAUCUCUUGAAGGCAUCCACCCGCUAGGAAUCCACCACCUCGCUACCGCAAGAGAUGUACGGCGCGCCGCAAGCGCAGGUUUUGAAGGCAAAGUCAAGAUAUGGAGCGAAGGUGAAGACGGCGCGUGGAAGGCGAACGGCGAGAUCAGCGAUCAGCUGAAACCGGGUGAUGUGUGGGCUAUUGCUCUCAGCGCUGACGGCAAGUACCUUGCGAGCAGCAGCAUAAACGGCAAGAUCAACGGGAGCUUCGGCAUGUGUAUUGAUCUGAGUCGGGACGGACGCUUCACAGCUUCCGGCCACGAAAAUGGAUCUAUAUACGUGUUCGACAACGAUACAGGGCGCCUUACGCAUUCUCUUGCCGGGCUCGUCAAGCCCGUACGCAGCGUUGCCUUCUCCCCGAACACGACACUGCUUGCAGCGGCCGGAGAUUCGAGAACCAUCGCGUUGUACGAUGUCAAGUCUGGCGAGCAGAUAGCGAACUUGGCAGGUCAUGGUAGCUGGGUGCUCACGCUCGACUGGAGUGAUACGGGCGAGUAUCUACUUUCGGGAUCUCACGAGGGAAAAGCCAGGAUAUGGCGCAUCGAGACCCGUCAGUGUGUCGCCACUCAUUCACACGGAGACAAACCGCUAUGGACGGCGAAGUGGCUGCCAAAGAGCACGCGGAGCGAGAUGUUUGCGCUGGGAGGUGGAAAUAACGCCAUCAGCUUCUACAGAGAGGCAGCAGGUUGA